AUGACUGUUUCCGACAACACUGUGGUUCUCGUUACCGGCUCCAGAAUCGGAAGGACCUUGGUGGAAACCAUCCUGCUUCGGCCUAAUCACGUCGUUAUUGCAAGUGUCCGCGACAAAUCCGCAGACUAUGUCAAGGAGCUAGAGGCCUUGCCCAAGGCCGAUGGCUCGCAACUGCAGUUAGUACAGAUUGAAAGCAGCAACCCGGCCGACCCAGCCGCGGCCAUUAAGGGCCUUACGAACAUCAACUACAUCGACGUAGUAGUGGCCAAUGCUGGCGGAGCCGGCGAGAAGGGUGUUAUCCCGCUAGACGUAGUGAGCUCCGAGGUCGCGACUGACGUGUUUGCCGUUAAUGCGCUCGGCCCCCUGGCCCUGUACCAGGCCGUUAAGCCUUUGCUAGAGAAGUCCCAGACCCCUAAGUGGGUAUCGGUCAGUAGUGCUGCCGGUUCAAUUGGCCGACUCGAGGUUCAUAAGGCUCAUAUCGCUCCGGCGUACGGAAUUGCUAAGGCUGGUUUGAAUUGGAUCACUACUGCCAUUCACAGCGCCAAUAAGGACUUCAUCGCCUUUGCUGUGCAUCCCGGCCUUGUGCAAAGCGAGAGCGGCAAUAGGGGUGCCCGCGCCAUGGGCCUUCCCCAGGCCCCCAACUCCCUACGCCAGAGUGUCGAUGCCAUUCUCCUCCUGAUUGAUACUGCGACUCGGGAGUCGACCUCGGGCAAGUUCAUCAACGUCAUUGACGGCACAGAGAUUCCGUGGUAG